CACAAGCAACUUAAAACGAUGAAAUCAUGUGAACUGACUGAAGGGAUGUUCCUUUGCUGAUGAGCUGCUCUUAGGGUGGAGAGGCUGAAGCAACACAUGACAUGUUGUGAUGAGUCUGAUGUGGGUGUCAAAAUGAGAAGCACUUGUUUGUGCAACUUAAUUAUGUGAGACACCUCGCCCGUCUGUGACCAUGGAAAAAAAAACAGUCACACUAGAGCUUUUACGCCCAGGUUUUUGGAUUCUAGUGUUAAUUUGCCAACUUUGGAAGGCUGUGGAGGACAAAGGCAUGAGCUGUGACCAGUCUGCGGUUGGGGACUGUGGAAAAGGAGGAGGUGACUGAGAGAGUGGGAGUGGUGAGGGGCAGGGCUAAGUGCCCAAAAAUGUUUAUAUAGUAUAAAAGCUUCCCCUCUCCUCCUGCCUGUGUCUGUGAGCUCCCACUUCUGCCUUUCCAGCCUGUGUCUCUGUUCCUUAGUCUCUCUCAUUGAGUCUCACACUCUCAGCAACUAUGCAAACAACCAAGCAAACAUACUCCGUGCACUCGGUCAGGAGCAGGCCCUCUGCUCUCUCCGUCACCCGCACCUCUGCUCCUGUCUACAGGGCCAGCAGUAUCCAUGGUGGCUCCGGCGGCAAGAGCAUCAGCAUCUCGUCCGUCAGCCAAAAGCUGGGAUCUAAUUUGGGGGGGUCCUCCGGUAUCGGGGGCUUCUCCAGCAGUGUGAAGGUGAGUGGGAACAGCGCCGACAUCAUGGGCAACGAGAAGUUCGCCAUGCAGAACCUCAACGACCGUCUGGCCAGCUACCUGGAGACAGUGAGGAACCUGGAGCAGGCCAACAGCAAGCUGGAGAUCAAGAUCAAGGAGGCCCUGGAGAAGAGUGGACCCGACUUCAGAGACUACAGCAAGUACCAGGCCAUCCUGGACGACCUGAGGAAGAAGGUGUUCGACGCCACAGUCGACAACGCCCGCCUGGUUCUCAACAUCGACAACGCUCGCUUGGCGGCUGACGACUUCAGAGUGAAAUUCGAAUCUGAGCUCGCCAUCCGCCAGUCUGUGGAGGCUGAUAUCGUCGGACUGAGGAAGCUCAUCGAUGACACCAACAUAAGCCGCAUGAACCUCGAGAGCGAGAUCGAAGCCCUGAAGGAGGAGCUCAUCCACCUCAAGAAGAACCACGAAAACGAAGUAAUGGAGCUUCGUAACCAGAUCGCCCAGUCAGGAGUCCACGUGGACGUCGACGCCCCCAAGGGACAGGAUCUGUCUCAGAUCAUGGCAGAAAUUAGGGCCAAGUACGAGAAGAUGGCACUGAAAAACCAGGAAGAUCUGAAGGCAUGGCACGAAAGUCAGAUAACAGAAGUGCAGACGCAGGUAACCCAGAACACAGAGGCCCUGAAGGGUGCCCAGACAGAGGUGAACGACCUGCGCCGACAGCUACAGACCCUGGAGAUUGAGCUGGAGUCACAAAGGAACCUGAAAUUGUCUCUGGAGGGAACGCUGAGGGACACAGAGAUGCGCUACAACAUGGAGAUCGAGUCGCUCAACAGCAUCAUCCUGGGCCUGGAGGCGGAGCUCACACAGCUGCGCAACAACAUCCAGCUACAGUCGCAGGAGUACGAGGCCCUGCUCAACACAAAGAUGAAGCUGGAGGCUGAGAUUGCCACAUAUAGACGGCUGCUGGACGGCGGAGACUUCAGGCUCCAAGAUGCUCUGGAGGAGCAGAAAACCGUGAAGACCAAAGUGAUGACUGUCACACAGACCCUGGUGGACGGCAAAGUAGUGGCCUCCAGCACAGAAACCAAGAACCUUUGAAGACCAGAAGCAACAGAACACUUGUGAUUGGCUAAAACUAAUCUCUUUUUCUAACCUGUUGUCCUCACGUCUUGAUCAGAGUCACUUCCUGGGUUUGCAGCUCUUCACAGGCUGAUAAAAAACUGGAUUAGAGGAAAAACUAAAUCAUCUUUUAUUUAUUUCAUCGUGUUAUUUAUGUGUUUUGUGGUCGAUCAGGAGAUGUUUACAAAAUUUCAGAAUUUGAGAAACCUGACCUUUUCUAUAAAAGAACUGAAAUCAUAUUAUGAACCUAUCAAAAUUUUAUGUUAAAGUACUAAAAAAUUUCAUCCAAAACAUUUUUAUAGUUCAUUUUAGUUUUCUUUUUAUCCAGUUUCUGUCCCUGUAGUGCUGUGUUGUUCAAACUUUUCAAUAAAAUCAAGGCGAGAAAUGUA